CUUCUCUGACUACUAUUUACUCUUGCUCACGAUACUCCUCUACAACUGAUUUCUUUCCUUGAUCCACUUUUCUAACCUAAUACCCUUCCCCAUCCGUCUUUCAUACUGCUCACCAUGGCUGAAGCUCAACGUCGUCCUCGUGUCUUCUUUGACAUUCAGAUUGGCAAUGAAAAGACCGGACGUAUUGCCCUGGAAUUGUACAACGAUGUCGUUCCUAAGACCGCAGAAAAUUUCCGUGCUCUCUGUACCGGAGAGAAGGGUGUAGGAAAGCAGGGCAAGCCAUUGCAUUUCAAGGGUUCGAUUUUCCACCGUGUGAUCAAGCAAUUCAUGAUCCAGGGUGGUGACUUCACCGCAUUCAACGGCACUGGCGGCGAGUCGAUUUACGGCGAGAAGUUCCCCGACGAGAACUUCGACCUCAAGCAUGACAAACCUUUCCUCCUCUCCAUGGCCAAUUCCGGCCCCGGCACCAACGGGAGUCAGUUUUUCAUUACUACCGUCCCCACCCCUCAUUUGGAUAGCAAACACGUUGUUUUCGGUGAGGUGAUCAACGGAAAGAGCAUCGUUCGCAAGAUCGAGAACAUGAACACCCAGGCAGAUAAGCCCGUCAAGGACGUGACCAUCGUCGAGUGCGGUGAGCUCACAGGUCAGGCCUACGAAGACGCCGACAAGCAAAUCCCUGAUGCUACCGGCGACCCUUACGAGGACUUCCCCGAUGACCACCAGGGUGAGGAGCUGAAUGCCCAGGUCUGCUACAAGAUUGCGUCGGAAUUGAAGAACUUCGGAAACGCUGCCUUCAAGAGCGGCAACGUCGCUCUCGGUCUGGAGAAGUAUCAGAAGGGUCUGCGCUACUUGCAUGAGUUCCCUGAGCCUGAUGAGAACGACCCCAAGGAGCUUGACGGCCAGAUCAAGACUCUCCGCUUCACCCUUCACUCCAACUCGUCUCUCCUGGCCAACAAGCUCGCACAGUACAAGAACGGGCAAACCUGGGCUACUUACGCCUUGGAUACUGCCGAGGCAGCCAACGCUGCAGAUACCGACAAGGCCAAGGCCUACUACCGCCGCGCCGUGGCCUACGGCGGCCUGAAGGAAGAAGAUGCAGCUUUGAAGGAUCUCCAGGAAGCCGAAAAGCUGCACCCCGGCGACAACGGCAUUAUCAACGAAAUCGCCAAGGUCAAGAAGGCCAUCAAGGAUCGCCAGGCCAAGGAACGCGCCACUGCACAAAGGUUCUUUUCAUAAGUGAGAUAAUGCCAUGCGUUCAUGAUUCAUGAAUGUUUCUACUACCAACCAACUACUCUACACUUUCCAUUCGCAUAAAAGCGACAUCCCAAUUGCGCCGUCUAGAUAGUCGCCUUGUUCGCGUAUUCAGUUCUUUUCUCUCUUCUCCAUACUUUCUGACCUCGUUCCUAAACAUUCGGGCAUUCGGUAGCGUGGU